UGAGUUUCACUCUCUGUAGUCUUCACCAGCAAUUGUGGUUUAAUCCAUUAGUAACAGAGAAGAAUCAUUAACUAGGAGAAAAUGUCAAAUCUAAAAAUGAAAGAGGCAGCCCUCAUCUAUCUUGACAGAAGUGGAAGCCUCCAGAAAUUCAUAGAUGAUUGCAAAUCCUACAAUGAUUCAAAACAAAAUUAUGCUGUCUAUCGAUUCAAUAUUUUAAUAAAUCCCUCUGAUAUUGUUGAAUUGGAUGCUGAGCUUGGAAAUCACAUUUUACACCAGCCUUUAAAAGCAGCCCAAGUUUUUCAAUCAGUAUGUUUUAUUGCUGUUAAGACUCUCUCAUUAAUUGGACAAUUACAGACUGAAAAUCAAAUUAAUAUAGUGCUGAAGUUAACACACUUACCUCCUCUGCCAAGUUAUAGUCUUGAUCUUUGUGACUUUCCACUUGAUUAUACAUCUCAAAGAUUUUAUAUGAUGCAAGGAAUUGUGAUUGCAAUGACAACUGUAACCAAGUAUACACAAGGUGCAAGAUUUCUUUGUUCAGAUGAAGCAUGCCCUCUUUCAAAAGGAUUUCAGUAUAUAAGAGUGCAUGUGCCUGGUGCUACAGAAUCUGCAACAGUAAGAAAUGACUUUUUGUGUAAUCUAUGUUCAUCUUCACUUCAAGAAGACAGAAAAUUUAGAGUACUUGGUGAUAAACAGAUAGUUGAAAUAAUUACCACAAAGGCACUUCAUGCUUUUCAAGGAUAUUCUAACAACCAGCCAUUUAGGUUUCAAUCUCUUACAAUCUUCCUCAGAGAUGAAUCAGUGAAUAAAAUGAAUAUAGGAAAUGAGUAUAAAAUUAUUGGCAUUCCAACCUGUGUAAAAACAUCACAAACUGCUGUCUGUAUAGAGGCAAAUAGUAUCACUUUUUGUAAUCCAAAAGUUCCUUCAGGAAUUAGUGACAAUUUGAGGUGUCUCCUCUCUUUGACUUCCGGCUCAUGCUGGAAGUUUACAGCAAUUCUUGCAAAUAUCUUUGCAUCACAAAUUGUUCCUCCUGGGACUUACAGUUUGCUCAAGCUCUGUUUGCUGAUGAGUCUAGUACAGACAAGUGACCGCAACAAGGAACUGGAAGAUUGCCUGGAUAUUUUAAUUAUAACAAGUGAUACUCUACUUGUAGAAAGGCUUUUGAAUUUUAGUAUAAACCUUGUGCCCCGUGGUAUACGUCAUCCAGUCUCUACUGAAAUUUUUCCUACUCUAUCCAGGAAUAAGUAUGGAACUGGAGCAGUUAGCAUUCAAGCUGGCAGUGCUUUGCUAGCUAAAGGUGGUAUCUGCUUUAUAGGAGACUUGGCUUCACACAAAAAAGAUAAACUUGAACAGCUUCAAUCAGCUGUGGAAAGUAGAAGCACCACAGUAUACAUCUCAGGAAAAAAGUUUGGGGAUGAUAUGGAUCAACAAAUGACUUUUCCAGUUCAGUGCAGCUUUUGGUCUUUUGUUGAUAUGGAUUCAUCUUCAAGGAGAAAUACACAGAAAACCAAUACUCUAAUUGGUCAGAUGGAUUGCAGUUUGAUUCCGGCUAAUCUUGUAGAGGCAUUUGGAUUAUUGAUAAACUGCAAUGAAUCAUCUCCUUGCCACCCACUUCUUCCUACUGUCCAACAUACUUUGAAGAAAGCCAUUGAUCCUGAAGGGCCGCUUUAUGUAGCAUCUAAACAGUUCAAAACUGAAGAUUUUGAAAAGCUGCUCAGUUUUGCAAAGAAUUUGAACGUAGAAUUCAGCUUGGAGGCAGAAAGAAUGAUUCAUGGCUAUUAUCUAGCAAGUCGCAGAAUCAGAACAGAUUCUAUAUGUGGACCCAAACUGUCAGCAUCUGCAUUAAAGUAUUUAGUUUCCCUAUCUGAAGCUCAUGCUCGAUUAAACUUAAGGAAUAAAGUGCUUAAAGAAGAUGUACUGAUUGCAGCCUUAUUAUUUGAAACAUCUCUCACAUUGAAAUAUGGAGCCACUGUAUUUUGUGUUGCUCCAAAUGCAUUAUUUCCAUUUGAACUGUGUAAUGAAGAAUAUUUAGAGCAAAGGGAUAUCUAUCUGACUCAGUGUCAACAACAGCUCCAGCAGUUUAUUGCCACUUACGGACCUGGGACAGCUAUUUUUGCUAGUGAUGAAUAGACAAUCUGAGGAAAUUUUUUUCUUCACUCCUAUUGAAGAGGUGGAAAAAAGUUGAAGUAAUGCUUCAGGUAAUCUUGUGUAUUGGAGUACAUUAGAAUGCCAUCUUAAAAAAUAACAUUUUUUUUCAAAUUAAUUGCUAAUGGAAUAAACACUCAGAGCAAACAGCAGAAAUUUAAAAUUUAGGAGAAUCCUAUUAAAAAAAACCUUCUGGUUAGCACAGUAUACCAGUGGUCAACAGAUAAAAAUAUAAAGAAUGUUGCAAACUAAGCAGUGUUAAAAAAAAAAAAAAAAAAGGUAACUUUCAUGUAGUUCCCUCUAUUUGUCACAAGAUGGCAAUAACACUUUAAAUAUUUACCGACAAAGUAUUUUUAAACAACUUUCUUUUGUGAACUUGACAAACUGAUGAGUAAAUAACAGCAAUGUAUAUAACCAGAAGCCUCCAAUUUAAGGAUUUUUUUCAUGCUUUACUAGAUAUUGACAUGUUCAUUAUACUGUUUUAGAAGCAUUAAUUAUGAGAUCAGGAAAAGCCUUGGAAAUUUUCCAUUUUUAAACCAGGUUAAACAAAAAAAGUAAUUUAUAUUGACUAAAGGUGUAGUAAUUGGCUCUUUAAACCUAACUGGUUACAAAAAAUGUACCAAAAGGCAAAGAAAGCAAUUUGCAAACUCUGUCUUCAUUUUGGGAGGGAAGAUACCUGCUCUGAAAAGGUAGGGACACCAUGAGAAAAUAUACUUGUAAAAUCCCCAAAUCCUUGUUUUCAUUUUUCCAAGUUUUAAUAAAAUCCUACUCACUAAAAGGAAAAUGUCAUCGCAAAAUUGCCACCUUAUUAACCAAGAUACUACAUCAAUUCUUUAGAAAUUGGUACUUCUUGGAGCUUAACCAUAAAGGUGGACAGCUCUCCCAUUCUCUAGAGGGCUUGACAUUAUUUGCUGGCCAUCCAUUCAACAGUACUUAGGGAAUAUCCACUAGUGCCAGAGACUGUAUACAGUGUUGUUCUCAGAAGGCAAACCUAGUCUUUAAACAAUUUUUUUAUGUUACAAAUCAAAGACCUUAUUUUGUGGCUUCUUAUAUACUAGAUUUGUCGUUGUUGUUGUUCUCUAUGGGAUGGCAAAACAUUUAUAUUUCAUAAAACUAGGAUUAAUAAAAUGGCCUCCAUUUUACAAUUGUAGUGAUGAGUCUGUUGACAAAGCAAGAGAACUAAUAUCAAAUACUGAGGGGGAAAUGGUUUUCAAAUGUUGCCUCUGAUCACAGGUCAUUAGAGAGAUGUUGCUGUACACUUUUUGUAUUGUUUGACUUACCAUAUUGAAAUUUGAACCCUGAUAAAAGCCAGGAAUUAUGUACUGUGGGACUCAACAGGGGAAAAGCAAGAUUUAGCGAAAUUUAAAUCUUCACCUGGGUAGGAUUUCAGUUGUUUUCAAAUUCUUAUAAACUUGCAAGCCCUGGACAGACUGGACUUGUGACUGUCCAGUCACUACCUGACUUAAUUUAGCAUAUUAUUAUUUGUACUACGUUUAGGGCUUUUCUCUUCACAAAUGUAAAAGCAAACCAAGAAUAAAAUAAAAAUUUUACAAUCUGUAGGUCAUUGGUGAAACCAUUACUUUUAAGGGGUAAUUUAUUAAGGAGUUUAGGAAAUUUCCACUAGUUAACCCUUCAACACAGAUUUCAACUGCAUGAGUCCACAUAAAGGGUGGAUUUUUUUUUUCAAUAAAUGCAUAUUACACUAUACAAUCCACAGCUGGUUGAAACAGAGGACUUGGAACCUUGGAUACAAAGGGCAGACUAUUUUCAACUUCAAGGAGGGUUGACCCUCCUAACUGUCCUGUUGUUCAAGGGCCAACUAACUGUGCUGGUUUUUCAGAUACAACAGCAGGUUCUGAAGAGGGGGGUCCUUCAUAGUUUUCUAGUAUGUAGUAAGUAGGACCUCUCCAGAAACCCUCUAAGGCAAGAAAGGGUAUGAGGACUGGAUGCAGUAAAAAUGUCUCACCAGCUGCCUGCCACCUGACACUUCAAAAAGAAUCACUGUCCACAGGGAAGCCAGUUAUUGACAAGAAUAAACUAUCCCUAAAGUAUGUUAAAAACAAGUCUGACUAGUAAGCUGUUUAAAGACGGUAUCUUUUAAAGAAAACAGACUUUAUUGUCUAGCAAUAAAAAUCAUUCGAAUGUGGUAAUUUUAUAUGUAAUUUAUUGUGAGAUGAUCAAUGUUAAAUAAAAUAUUUUUAUCA